GAUGGCGGAUGCUGAAGUCACCAAGCUUCAGAACCAUUUGAAGCUACUGCGGGAGGAGUAUGUGAAGUUGCAAAGCAAGCUUGCAGAUGUUGAACGCAAAUACCAAGUUGCCGCUGCGUCAGCUGGCCAGGCCAAGGAAGAUAACUUUGUUUCCCGGCUCUUGAAGACAGUGGCAGAUCUGUUUGAUAAGGAACUAUACAGUGACCUCCAUGUUCAGCUUGAUGGUCAAAGCAUCAAAGCUCAUAGAUUUGUUCUCGCUGCACGCAGUGUUUUCUGGGGUGUCACGGACCUGAGCAAGGUUUCUGAACUGGACUUGUCAGGCAUUCCAUAUGAGGUUGGCCACGCUUUGUUGAAAUGGGUUUAUACAGAUCAGGUGGAUAUGAAAAAGGAUGACAUAUUUAUCCUGGACUUGAUGAAGGCAGCAAGCAAGUUCAGGCUGGGGCCCCUUCGGGACAGGUGUGAGAAAGCUCUGAUGUCGUCGGUUCAUGUCGGCAACUGCAUCAGAUAUUAUGAGACAGCUGAUGAGAUUGGUGCAGAAAUACUCAAGAGUCACUGCUCAGAACUCAUCUCAAAUCAUUGGAAUGACUUCACCAGUGAGGACUUUGCUCAAAUGACAGCGCCGCUGUUGUACAACAUGUUCAAGCAGAAGACAGAGUACCCACUACAUCAAGCCAUCAGAGCGAACAGGGAGGAUGUGGUGUUUCUUUAUCUUAUUGAAUAUGAUGCAGAGGUUAAGUCGGCUAGAGACAAUAAUUUAUAUAACCCUGAGCUGCCAGGAAAACUGAAUGAAAUAGACAACAGAGGAGACAUUCCGAUGGACUUGGCUUUACAAGGCAAACAAGAAAGUAUAGCUGAGACGUUGAUCAGUCAUCGGGUGGAUGUAAACAGGACUGAUAAUGCUGGCAGGUGCCUCUUACAUAAGGCACUCGAGAGAGCUGAUGAAUUUUCCUCAUCUUUCCUGAUCAAGAACAAGUGUAAUGUAAACGCAGCCACAAACCUUGACAAGGAGACUGCGCUUCACUUGGUGGCCUCGUUCAACCCUGAGAUGACAGAUGCUGAUACCGUGCAGGGAAUGGCUAGAAUAGCUCAGCAAUUACUUGAUGGACAUGCUAAUGCUAACGUGCAGGAUUCAGAGGGAAACACCCCGUUACACCGGGCAAUUAGAUCGAAGAAUGAGGCUGUGUUCUCAAUCCUGCUGUCCCACUCUGACCUUAAUCUCGAACUGCAGACAUCAGAUGGUGAGACGGCCCUUUGGUUGGCUCUACAGACAGCUGGUACCAGUGGUGAGGACCAAUCACCGGACAGUUUCUAUAGUGAUCAGAGUUUUGCCGUUCGGCUGAUCAAACGUGGGUCAUCACCUGAUGCUAUCAAUCCAGAAACUGGUGAUAUGUUAUUACAUCGAGCAGCCCGAGCUGGUAAUGAGGUGGCUGCCCUCUUCCUAGCCUCACAUGGUGCUAAAGUCAAUCAUAUUAAUCACAAGGGAGAAAGUCCCCUCCACACUGCCUGCCAAAAGGGCCUUGCCCGCCUCACAGAAACAUUACUCCUGAAAGGGUCCAAUCCAAACGUACAGACCCGUGCUUCACUCGAUGGUCCUGCCACGCCCGCAUCUUGUUUUGAAGAGGAAGAUGAAGCACCCAUUAUACAGCAGACACCUUUGCAUGUUGCCAUUAGCAACCGGCAUGAAGAGUGUGUCAAAGUUUACCUCAACCAUAAAGCUCGUUCAUCACAGUCUGGUGACAACACCAUGAUCAUCCCCAACUUCAGCCUGAAGGACUCCUGUGAGCAGACACCAUUUGGUCUCGCCCUCUGGAAUGGUUUCCAUGGCAUUGCCAUCCAGUUGUUGACAGGUGGCGCCGGGGUGAUCAAUGAUAAAAGUUCCGACGGCAUGACGCUGCUGCAUCAGGGGAUCAUGAAGCAAGACACACCGAGUGCUUUGUUCCUCUUGGAGCAUCAAGCUGACAUCAAUAUCAAGACACGAGACAAUGAAACACCUCUCCAGCUAGCCAUAAAGCGCCACCUGCCCGUCGUUGUGGAUGCGUUGUGUAGCCGUGGUGCUAACAUGAACAUGAUCUCCGAGAGGGGCGACUGUCCGCUAUGGCAGGCACUUGAAACUGGGCAAGAGGACAUCGCAUCUACUUUGGUACGACAUGGCUGUGAUGCUACAAUGUGGGGCCCUGGACCCGAGGGCUGUAUCCAGACUCUUCUGCACAGGGCUAUUGAUGAAAACAAUGAGGCUGUAGGAACGUUCCUCAUCAGGAGCGGUUGUGAUGUUAAUAGCAUCAGGAAGCUCGGACCGAAUGGUGAAGGAGUGGAUGUAGUCAAAGAUAAGCAGGGUCCUCUGCACAUGGCGAGUAGCUGGGGCAUGGAAGGGAUUGUUCAAGCGCUAGUCGAACAUAAUGCUGACGUAAACAUUCAAGACGCGGACGGAAACUCGCCGUUACACAUCGCCAUCAUCAACCAGCAUCCCGUUAUCAUCGCAUUACUCAUGUCCCAUCCUGCCCUCAAUCUGAACAUCCGCGACAAACAUGGCAUGACGCCAUUUGCGACGGCCAUGACGACCAAAAAUAACAAAGCUGCUCAGAGCAUCCUGGAUCGUGAACCAACUGCUGCUGAACAGGUUGACAACAAGGGCAGGAACUUCCUUCAUAUUGCAAUCCAGAAGUCAGACAUUGAGAGCGUUCUCUUUUUGAUAAGUAUCCAUGCUAACGUUAACUCGCGCGUCCAGGAUGCCCAGCAACUCACACCCCUACAUCUUGCAGUACAAGCCGGCUCAGAAAUUAUCGUUCGGAACUUGUUGCUCGCUGGAGCUCAUGUCAAUGAUCUGAUGGCCCAGAAACAGAACGCCCUCCACAUCGCUGCCGAACAUGACCAGAGUACAAUCGCCAGCGUCCUGCUGGAGAAUGGAACAGACUUUGAUGCUGUGGAUGAUGCUGAAAAUAAUGCGCUGCAUAUAGCUGUUCAACAUGGUAACAUCAACACUGUGAGAGUUCUUCUGACAGAAUCGAGGAUUAAUGCCGAAGGCUUCAACAUGAGAGGUCAGACCCCAAUGCAUAUCCUAGGCCAGUAUGGCAAGGAGAAUGCAGCAGCCAUCUUUGAGUUAUUCAAGGAGAGUAUGCCAGAGUAUCCAAUAGACAGGCAGGAUGCUGAGGGGAAUAAUGUGUUGCUUUUGGCGUACAUCAACGGCAAUGCAAAUCUGUGUCGGGCUGUGGUGCGUGCUGGUGGAUCCUUGGGAUGCGUCAACAAAAACGGGUUCUCAAUCUUCAACUUCCCUGUGCCAACUAAACAGCUGCUGUUCAAGUUACUAGACAUGCUGUCUAAGGAGCCUCCAUGGAGUGAGGGCGAGGCCUGCUUGGAGUGUGCCAUCAAGUUCAGUAUCAAAACCCGCAGACAUCACUGCCGUCACUGCGGGCGUCUCCUCUGCUCGAAAUGCUCAGACAAGGACAUGCCAAUCGUCAAGUUUAACCAGGCGAAGCCAGUCCGUGUUUGUGAAAUGUGUUUUGACGUGCUCAGUCUUGGUGCAUUAUGACCUGAACAUUCAUGAGCUGCACAGUAUUUGCCCAUAAUGUCUUCUUGACCCUCAAGUGCUUGCUCUGUUACGCCUUUGGACUUCACUCUCUGUGUAGUCCUUGAUGACGUUGUUAGUUCGAUUAGGAGCCGAUGGUGCCGUAAUGUAGUGUAGCCAAGGGGUCAACGUCUUCCUUGGGCUAUGCACAUCAUCACCUGGGUUCAUUCUGCAUGUAGUAUCAGUCAUGAACAAGAGAUACGUCAAGAUAAAGUGACAGGGUUUUUCCUCUGGGGGAAGGGUAUUCAGUGAUCAGUGCAAGAGGUGUACAAUGACUGCAUGAGUCAUUGCCUCUUAUGAAUUACUGCCAGGAGGAUCAAACCUAUUGAUUUGUUACACACUGAUAAGUAGUGCACUGCUAAUAAUAGUGCCAAGUACUACUCUGUGCCAGAUACAAAUAUGAUGAAAGAGCUAAUGAGAUUGAGGAGAGUUUUCAUAUAAAAGUUAUUGUGGGAUUAGUUACAUCUAACAAACAAAAAUAAGUAUGUUCUUACAUGUAAAUGCUUGUUGUUGUCAAUUGCACUGUUAUAUACAUUAUAAGUGAGCUUCAAGUGCAUGUCUAGUUGCUUUGGCUUUUUUGGGAGAUAAAUAAUUCAAAAUACAAAUAAAUUGUAUGACUUUUCAAAUGUAUUGGUUAUUUUUUGAUGGGUGAUUACCAGUUCCAUAUACAAUUUACUUAAGACAUAAUAAGUCAUGUGAUUUCUAAUAUUCUUUGAUAAAUUUACUUUGCUUGAGUAUUUUCAAUGAUAUUUUUUCCAAGUAAUUUCAAGGAUGUGUUGAUUUCUUUAUAGUCCAAAUAGUGGAAGGAAAGUGCAUGUUUUAAUAGAGGACUAAUAAUAUAUUGAAACUUGUAACAAAUUGUUUUAAAAGCAGACCGUGUAAAGCUAGAAUAAGUGUGUUCUUCAGAGCUGAUUUAGGGUUGAACUGGUUCAGUGUUCAGAAGGGAUGUAGAGGCAGAAGCUACGUAAUAUUGUUGAUGUACAUGUACAUGUACUUUAGAAGAGCUGUUUAUACAAGGACUGCUGGCAACUUCAUGACCCUUAAUCUUGCCGACCUGGCUCGUGGCAAUAGUCUCCCCUCAAAUUGAAAUAGUGUGGUAAUUGUUCCACCUAUUCUUUUGCAGUCAAAUACAUUUUUACAUUAGUGGUUCUUUACAUGAAGUGGUCAAAAAUUUGUUUCAAUAGAAUGCAAUCAUGAAAAUGUCUGUCAUGCAGUUGUCAGAUUUAGAGAAAAAAUUGUAUCUGAACAAUUUCUGGUACUCUUUCUUGGCUUAAAGCUUAACUUUCAUGUUUUAUAGCCUGUUAGUGUGUAUUACAUUCAGUUUAUUAAAAAUAUUGUUAUGUAGAAAGCUUUUUAUUCUUUUUAAAGAUUAUCUUGAUGCAUAAUAUAGAAUUAGUUGAACUGGUGCAUUACAUCUAGUUGGGACUUUGUCAUAUUGACGAUGUCUUUGUCCCAAAUAUUUGUAUCAUGUUUUAGGCAGCGGUCAAUAUAAACACUGUACCCUCUCUCGUCAGGCGUGAUUGACACCUUAGUCAACAGUCGACCUUUACGAGCACUGACAACAGCCAUGGCGGUCAGAGAGGUGGAGAAAAACGUGUUGCUCAUAAUUUAAAGCUUGUAACUGAUUUAAAAAAGCCUAGUCAAUAAUUCCAUGAUCAUUACUUAAUAUGUAACGUAGUACUGGAAUUGUACAUGUAUGAAUAAUCUUAUGUACUGUUUUAGGUUACUUACUUUGUUGUUUUGUAUAUAAAACUUCAUGAAUUGUAAAUCUUGAUUGAUCAUUUUCUUUGAUUAUGGGUCACAUGACAACAAUUAGAUUAAAAAUUUA